ACACAAGGGCUGCAGUUGAGCCGACGAAGAGCUCCCUUGCUCGUGUUGGCCUUGCGAUGCUCGCUACCAGCGCUUGCCGCCGCGAGUUGAGGCUGGCUGCACUCGAUGCAGCCCUCGAGAGCCCUCUGCUCGGCGUCAUCGCCCUUCGAGCAGGCUGGGAGAUCGCAAGCGCUCGGCUCGGCGGCGCGUGCUUCACAAAACUUGCCGACUUGACUUUGGAGCGAUGCUCGCUUUGACCAGUCGCCGGGCGAUAUGCUGUCAGUGCAGCGUACGCACCUUUGCAUCGACCUCACGCAUCAAUGCAAGCGAUCUGCCCAGUCGGCUGCGUGAAGCGAUGAAAGAGUCUAUGCGUGCACGCAACGCCGAACGAACGAGCGUCCUCAAGUCGGCAUUGGCAGCCAUUCAGAACUCGCAACAUCUCGCCUCGCCGCCUGCGCCGAUAAAGACAUUGUUCAAGGCGAUACAACAGCGUGAAGCUGCUAUUCUCGAGUUCCGUAGCAACGGUAGCAAAGACGCACAAGCUCUCGCUGAACAGUACCAGCGUGAGGUCGAAGUGCUUGGCGAGUUUAUUGGCAAGUCAUCAGAGCAGAGCGCGUCCAUAGCGCCCGAGGAACUCGUCAGUGUCUUGACCGAUUUGCUCAAAGAGCUCGGCCUCGAGAAGACGGCAAAGUCGUCCGGACAGCUCAUCAAGACCGCACUGACACGCUUGAGCGAACGAGCAACUCCCAAGCAGAUAGCAGACGCAGCAAGGACAUUGUUCAUGCGCAUGUGCGGCCGCUGUACAACAUCAUGCGUGAAAGUGGACACAAACUUGCAUCGUCAGUUGCGAACGUCACUCUUGACGCCGGAGCGCCUGGUCGUUUUUGGUUUGGAUGCAAGAGAUGAGGGAGAAAAUGCGCGGUUCGGACUUCCCGGUAUCGUGGUAUACUGCUGCUCGGUGUGUGCCAGUCUUUGGUGA